AUGAAGACCCCAACCCUCUCGCUAGAUCUUCCCGCACCACCUUCGGCGCCAAUGUCGAGCCCAGUUCCCAUGAUGUCUUCUCCCGCACCCCUACUCAGACCUGCUCUCGGCGGCUCGAGACCGGGCGGCGCACGAACACCGAGACUGGGGUUGGCCAUUCCUCCGUCACCUAAUGCCAAAGCAGUAGGUGGGCCCGCCGGAGGCCUUUCGACGCGGCCGCAGCUGCCGACGCUUCACCUCGCUACACCUAUGGGCAGCACCGUGACACCCUACGAGCAACCUCCCAGGCAAGUGGGUGCCCAGCCAGGCCAAUCGGCGAGCGGAGGCAGUGAAAGCAGCGCAGCGCAUUCAAGGUCGGGCAGCUUUGGCCCCCUCGACGGCCGAGCUAGCAAUCCGACAUCUGCAGGUUCCCAGUUCUCGGCUCUCUCCUUCGCAUCACAAUAUGGCAUUGGCUCAAGGCCACAAGGCACGCCCGAUCCCAUAUCCGCAGUGGGCUCCAUCUACUCGGAAAGGAGUGAGGGGGGUGUCGGCAUGGAACGCGACAGCAGCAUGCAAGGUCUUGAGAGCAGUUUCGACAAGCUCGCCCUCGAGAAGGCAAGGACUGCCGAUGUGGACGAUCUCGACGACGAAGGAUGGCGUAUCGCCAGUAUAGAGAAGAGAAUCGUUGAGCUUGGUGGUCUUGGAGAGGGAGCAGGCGGCGCUGUUACCAGGUGCAAGCUGACGGGAGGAAAGACUGUGUUUGCUCUCAAGAUCAUCACGACAAAUCCGGAUCCAGAUGUCAAGAAGCAAAUCGUCCGAGAGAUCAACUUCAACAAGGAGUGCGCCUCGGACCACAUUUGUCGUUAUUACGGCGCGUUCGUCGACUCGGCUACGGCUACCAUUUCCAUUGCCAUGGAAUUCUGCGAAGGUGGCUCGCUCGACAGCAUAUACAAGGAAGUCAAGCGACUCGGUGGCCGGACGGGCGAGAAGGUGCUGGGCAAGAUCGCAGAGGGUGUGCUUGGCGGUCUUACCUAUCUCCACGGCAAGAAGAUCAUCCAUCGCGACAUCAAGCCUAGCAAUAUCUUGCUGUGUCGCAACGGCGACGUCAAGCUGUGUGAUUUUGGAGUGUCGGGAGACUUCGGAACUAAGGGCGAGGCAAACACGUUCAUCGGCACGAGUUAUUACAUGGCACCUGAGCGCAUUACUGGCCAGAGCUACACCAUCACGUCGGAUGUUUGGUCUACGGGAGUCACUUUGCUCGAAGUUGCACAACACCGUUUUCCCUUCCCAGCCGAUGGCACCGAAAUGCAACCCAAGGCCGGCCUGAUCGACUUGCUCACGUAUAUCGUCCGCCAGCCAAUACCCAAGCUCAAGGAUGAGCCUGACGCAAACAUAUUCUGGAGCGACAGCUUUAAAUAUUUCAUCGAGUGCUGUCUCGAAAAAGAACCAAACCGGCGGGCUAGCCCAUGGCGAAUGCUCGACCAUCCUUGGAUGCUGGAGAUGAAAACCAAGCGCGUCAAUAUGGAGAAGUACCUCUCCCAGGUUUGGGGAUGGAACGACGCAAAGGCUUGA